AUGUGUCUUGGUGAUCUACAACACAGACAUGACCUAAUGUUUGGGCGACCUUUCCCUAUAGACAAACGUGUUGAAGUUUUCUCCACGCCAGGGUACGCAUGCACAAAUAUAUCUAUUUGGGGCAAGAAUAUCGAGCUAGGAACAGUGGCAGUCGUGGGAAACCUUUUCAGACGCCAGGAGGACUUGGAAGACCCAGCACUUUGGAAAAGAGACAGUAUCAACCAAGAGCGACAGGAAGUCAGCAGGACCAAUAUACUACAGAUGGCCGACUACACUGUCCCUGGUCAAGGACCGAUGUUUAAAGUACCUCAAUAA